AUGCGAGCAGUUCGUGAAGAGGCUGAACAUCAAGAGCGCGAGCGCGAGCGCAUGACUAUGUCUACACGACGUAGGCGAGAGGCUGAGAGAACUGCUGAAGCCAGAUCAUCGGUUCCACAUCCCGAUGUUGGGUCUUCUCGUGCUAUGGAGGAGGAGGAGGAGGAUGUUGUGGACCCCGUUCACGAGACUGAGGUUGUAGCUCAUGGAGGUCGUGGAGGCCGAGGACGGGGUCGUGGUGGUCGUGGUGGUCGAGCUCAUACUCGAGUCAAUCCGGAUGCGCUAAAUGGUCCAUUUUGCGGUGACCCGCGGGAUCCGUCUUUGAUUCCGAGUUUCAAGUCGCACGUAGCGGCAUAUAUUUGGAAGGGAGAUGAACGUCCGAUUGGACGAGUUGAGUCCCUUAUCAACUCCCUGAACCAAUUCAACUACGAGAUGAUAGCAGCUGCCCUAGAAGACAUAGAUGUAUCCGUAGACAAGCAUUUUCUGCGGAUGACCGCCAGAGACAAACAGCUUCCAUAUGCCGUGGGAGAGAUAACUAUCACUCUCCACGAUGUCCAGAUGAUUUUAGGUGCCAAUGUGGAGGGACGGGUGGUCGCGCUUAGGUACGACGAGGUCAUCGAGCGGACAAACUGCGUGUAUUUGCUGUCCGAUGUGUUAAACCUCGAGUUUGAGAAGAUUGACGAGUCAUGGAAGCAUAGGGGCCCCACAUCGAGGAUGAUACAGGGACAGUUGUUGAUGCCCGAUACGACCAUGAGACGCCGAGUUCAGAUAUACCUGGUGUUUCUCCUCGGAUCGAUUUUAUUCCCCGACAACAUAUAUGAUCGGGUGAAGCCGUGGUAUAUGCACGUGCUCCAGGAUUCAGUGCUUGAUGAGGUCGGCACGUAUUCGUGGGGUUCGGCCUAUUUGGCCAAUCUAUACAGGGAGUUGGGUAUAUGCAGCCGAGCACAGUCGAGGAGCUUGGCGGGUUGCACCACCCUUCUUCAGUGCUGGAUAUACGAGUAUUUCCCGAGAUUCCUGCCGCCGGAGGAGAGCGAGCGCUACUGCGAGUUUCAACCUCGAUGCUAG